AUGCUUUUUAGAAUAACACUACCUAUCACUGAUAUGAGCAGAACAUCAGAGUCACAUGAGCUGAAUUCAUGUUCGACGAAUUCAAAAGAAGGUUAUUUUUCAGACAUCAUACUACAAGAUGCUUCAACUAUGAAUGAUUUUGUUCAAUCAGAAGGAAUUUCUCAUUCAUUAGCUAUUGAUAAUACUGCUGAAAGUAAUGAAGAUGUUCUUGAUGAAAAGAACGAAGUCCCUAAGGCAAAGGAUGCAUUUCCUAGGGGUGAUUAUGAAUUCCUAGGAUUAUUAGAACAACAAAUGAUCAAUAAAAAGUAG